UCAGUACAGUUAUUGACAGCUGUCAGAUCAAAUUGUCAUAACGUCAUUCGCCGUACGGUUAGGAACAUGUCGUUUUCCGACAAAGUAGCAUCGCUUAUGGCGAGGCCGGGUCAAGACCCGAACGCCAAAGACGACGUUCCUUGGUAUUUAAGGUAUGCUGGAAGAGGUGUUGGGACUGUGGGUGGCAUAAUUGCCAUAAUAUUAGGAUUAGUGGAAACCUUAUCUGUAAUUACAAUGAACAUAUCUUGUCUAAUUGGUGGAAUUUUACAAGUUUUGGCCGGAUUUACUCUUAUUUGUUUCGAGGCUCCUUGUUGCUGUAUGUUUUUAGAUUAUGUUCAAAAUGUAAGCGAAUGGAUUGAUAAUAGACCGUAUUGGAACAAAGCGAUUAUAUACGUUUGUAUUUCGAUUCCGCCCGUUAUUUUUUGUACUGGACUUAGUAGCAUUUUUGGAGGAGGUCUUAUCUUCCUUACGGGAGUUAUUUAUGGGAUGAUGGCUUUAGGAAAAAAGGCAACUGUAGAAGAAAUGAGGGCAAACGCGCAAGCUGGAGAUCAAAGGGGAGUUCCAAAUGCGAAUCCACCAACAAGUAACACAACAAGUACAAACAUGCGCUCUAAUCUAGUGAAUAAUGCUCAGCCGAUGAGCUUCACAGGGCCCCCAAUGUUUGAUAGCAACGUCUGACCCUCUUCGUAGAAUAAUAAUAAUAAUAUAUGAAAAUUAAAAAAAACAUCCAAAUAAACACAAUAAUCCUUGAGUAUUACGACUUCCACCUCUCGUAUGUGCAAAAAUCCCUACAUAUAUAUAUAAUUUCCUCCUCAUUAUUGAUCGUGUAUCUAAAUUAGAUAAUAAGUGAGACUCUAAAGACAAAAAAAUAUUUAAAUAAGUUGUAAAUUAAUUGUAAGUGAAAAUAUGUAUACAAAUUAAGAAGUUUUCCUUUUUUAUAAUAAUUUAGUUAGCUAGUUUUAAUGGAUGGAGACUUUUUUAAAACUAUUUCUUUCGGUUUGGAAAUCACAUUCCACUUCUAUGUUAAAAAAUAAUUGAUUUAGAGUGAAAGAUUUAGAACAUAUCAAAGUAUUUUUUUUUUAAAUUAAAAUUAAUUUAUCUCAUUUAAUCAUUAAAAUCGUAAACUUCCUUUUUAACAAAUCUUUUCCAAGGAAUUUAAAAUUUCCAUUUUUUUAUAACGUUUUAUCCAGUAAUUUAUUGUAUAAAAAAAUUGUAAAAUAUAAUUUUUGCGGUGUUGAUUCAAUACUAGUCAUACAGUAAGUCUUCGGUGAUUCUUUGUCUUCUACAAUUAAAACUCUAACUGUCACGAUCUAUGUAUUGUAGAAAAACGAAAAAGCAAUGUUAACGUAUACAGAAAUUAUUAUUGAAUUCUGUUAAUUAAUAUUAUUAUUAGUGGUUUCACCCGCUUUUACUGUAGAAUGGUUAUUAUAACAAUCAUCGACGAGAGAUUAAUUAGCUAUGUAUUUCAAAAAGACUGUAGGAUACGUCUUUUGGUGUUGUUAAGGCUCAGAUUAAAAGAAAACUGUUGAGAUUCACUAUAUGUAAUUAAUUAAUUAAAUAAUUGUGUAUGUUGUAUCCUGUAUAUGCCUAUAAAUAAUAAAAGAAAGAUAAUUAUACGUAUUAAA